AUGGCUAAAAGAAAGCGUGCAAGCGAGUAUGGAUUGACGGGAUGGUGUCGUAACACGGAUAACAAUAAGGUCGAGGGCGAGGCGCAAGGCGAAGAAGACGCGCUGAAGAAGCUGUUGAAGGACAUUGACGACGGUCCAAGGUCGGCCAGGGUCGUCAAGCUUGACCACGAGGACCGUGUCUUGGUCGACGGAGAAGAGGGCUUUCUGGUUCGGCGGUGA